UACGUCAGUCCCAUGAUGGCUGAAGAUCCUGGAGGAACAUUUUUCAAUUUCUCUCCCACUUUUUUAUUUUUCUCUUUACCUCUGCUUGUCAUAGAGACAUGGCAGGAUACACAGCCUCGAUAAGCGGCCACAGACCCUUGUUACCGCCAUGCCCAAGAAAGGGAACCGAAAACGGCUGAAAUUUCGGGCCGGGGACGUCUGCUCGGAGUCAGUGACAGUUGCUGAUUUCGCCAAUGCCGACCCAGCCGUAGUAAAGUCAGGGAGGGUAAAAAAGGCAGUUGCCAAUGCAAUUGAAAAAGAAGUGAAGAUGUUGUGUGGGCUAGAGGGGUCGCAGGGUUCCGUACAGGAGGUGUUCUCGUCAGCGUCCACCCUCACCGGAGACACCCUGGAGAGUAGCGACGACCUCGACCUCGGGGAGGAUGGAGAGAACGAGGCCAAACAGGCCCGCAAGAAGAAAAACAAGAGGAGGAAAGAGUGCAGUGAGUGCAGUGAUGGGGAGGACUACACAGUGGAUAUCUGGCUGGUGCUGGCUUCCUAUAUCCGUCCAGAGGAUGUGUGUACAUUUGCUCUGAUCUGCAGAAACGCCUGGACCGUCACCUGCACUGCUGCCUUCUGGACCAGACUAUACAGGAGACACUACAGUCUGGAUACUCACCUGCCGUUCCGUCUGCAGCCAGACUCCAUAGCCAGGAAGCGUUGUCUACGGGCUCGCGUGAUUCGCUCCCUCUUCCACCUGUAUGAGCCAUUCAGCUCACGUGUCUCCCUGAACCCUGCCCUCCCAGAGUCCACGCCCACCACGCUACUCAACUCCAAGUGUCUGCUGUUCUGGGUCAAUAAGGUUGUGGGUACUCGACCUGAUCCUAUGUGGGAGUUCAACUUCAAGUUUGUGAAGCCGGCGGUGAGGUGUAAGGGUGGUAAUGCCACCCGGGGUCUGCUGUUGCCCCGUCAGUAUGAGGAUGUCAAUGCUAACCCAGACUCAGACUGCUACUUGCUGCAGGUCACCACCCUGAACUUCAUCUUUACCUCCGUCGUCAUGGGGAUGACCCUCGCCCUGUUCAACAUCAACGUGAGCACGGACAUGCGUCACCACCGAGUGCGCCUGGUAUUCCAGGACUCUCCCCCCCAGCGGGGGAGGAGGGGGGAGCAGGGGGGGACACAGGUGGUGCUGGAUCCUGUACACAGCGUGAGACUCAUGGACUGGUGGCAUCCGCAGUACCCUUCCUCCCCCUAUAUCUAAAACCCAUGUCUCAUCACGUGUAGAACCCUCUUACUAUCCCACACACACAUUACACCCCUUUACUCCUAAAACCCUGACUGUACCGUCUGCCCGGACACCUAGAACACCCAGUAUCCCCUUACACCAGAACCCAUCCACAUUACCCUGCCUCCCUGUACAGCCAGAACCUUGCUUCAGCUCAACCUCCUACAGCCCCAGACACAAAACACCUACCUCCUCAGUACCCUGGCUCUCCAGAGACAACCCCUCAAUACCUUCCAAUCCCCUCACUUUGUCUACCCUCAGACCACCCUACAAGUUUAUGUUGAACAGAUGCAGAGACAAUGUCAUUGCUUUUAAUAUUUCCUCCUUUCUGUAACUGCUAAAUCUUAGUUUAAGGCCAUUUUUAAACGGGAGACUUUUGAUUUUACAUUUUGGUUUGACUUUAAUUCUAGGGUCCAAAAUUAUGAUUUUCUGCUUGUGUAAUUGUAUUUUAUUUGAUACCUGUAAUCAUUGGUACUUUGUAAACCCCUACACCUCCUCAUGAAGGCUAUAAUGGGAGCAGCAUUUUAUUUCCUGCUUAUGUCUGUUAGAAUGUUUCUGAUUUGGGUUUAUGAACACAAGGCCAGUCUUGUGUUCUAUAAUGAUCAGUAGAAGCAUGCCAAUCUUGCUUAAUUUGUAACGAGGGCGGUAUUUGAAGAAUCAACGUGUAAUACCCACAGGAGACCGGAUGGCAGCUCUGUUCUACUGUUCACUCAUCGUCCAAUCAAAAUGACCUUUAGAACAUUAAUGUUUGAUUUUAGUGUGAAUAUAGAAGUUUGUUAUCGUAUGUAGUAGAAAGCAAAGCUUUUUGUUGAUGAUCAGACCUGAAAUUGCUUCAUUGUAAAUUAAUGUAUAGCUGGUUGACCUUGUUAGGGACGUAUGUAUGUUUGGCUGUGAGAGCCAACCAUCAUUUCAGCCCCCAUGUAAAGCCUGUGGAUGCUGUCUGAUUGUUUGGUCAACCUCCUGUACUGAAAUACAACUGGAAAGAACCCCCUCCA